AUGCGGUUCUGUGUGUUCAGGUUGCAAACCCAUCAGUGGUGUUUUCUGCUCUGCAAUGUUGUGCUGUUCCAUGCGCUUUUAUUUGGUGGUGACAUUGUGGAAGAGUUCCUACUCCAGUCUUCUCCAGCUGCUUAUACUGACCGUGCUGUACUUGAACUCCGUGAGCGUGCACGCAAACUGGACCUGAGCGAUACCCUGCCCAACUCCUCGCAGAUUUACCCUAUUGGCUCCAAGCCCUGCCUUCAACACCAAGAUCUACUUCUUCUCACUAUUGUGUUUAGUGAUCCAGAUAAUGCCAGCCAGAGAGACGCAAUCAGAAACUCCUGGGGUAACCAGACAGUGGUGCAGGAUGUGGCAGUACGGACGCUGUUCUUUUUAAACCCAUCCACCGUGAAGACAGAACAUCAAAAGUUGUGGGAAGAGUCUGGCCGGCGUGGUGACGUUGUACAGUGUGAAGGGUCUUUGUCACGAAAUCACUGGGGUCAGGUGAAACUAGCUCUGCAUUGGGUUCUGCUUUUCUGUCCUCAGGCCAGAUUUGUUGUUCUGACAGAUGAUUCGGUUUUUUUAAAUGUUGCUGCACUCAGCAUGUACCUGCUAACACUCCGUACCCACCCCGAAGAUCUGUACCUGGGCAGGGUCAUUCAUCAUGCCUCACCUGAACGAAAUUAUAACAAACCUCACUAUAUCUCCUUCCAUCUCUAUCCAGACCGGAAUUUCCCUGAUUACUGCUCUGGACCUGCCUUCCUGAUGUCUCAGGAUGUAGUGCGUAAAGUUUAUGUGGCCUCUAAGGAUGUAGACCUAGCUCUCCCUUCAGAUGUCUUGAUUGGUCUGUGUGCAAGAGCAGCGGGCAUUGUGGCUACUCACAGUGCGCGCUUUUCUGGAGAACGACAUGUGCGCUACAACCCUUGCUGCUAUAACUUCCUGUUCAGCUCAGCCACAGUGGAUGCAGAGCUGAUGAGCAUAGCCUGGAAGGAUUUGGACAAGGGAAAAGGGCGGCAAUGUAGCAUGUUUGAAACCUAUUAUAGUUUGGUAGUAUGCAAGGCCAUGACUUACCUAAACAGUGUCAACUUUCUCAGUGGAAACAACACAAAAUAA